UUGAUAUAGAUAAAUCUACCAUCAUUAGGAGAAGGUUCUGUUCAGCUGUGAGAGAACUUAGCAGCAAGCUUUACAUUGAUUCGGACGGGCGAUGCGCACGUCAGUGUGUUUAGUCACAUCCUAACGCUGCAGAAGACACAUCGAGAAAGCACUCCUCAUUGAUAUAAAAGGUACCUCUUUGACAAUGCUAACACCAGUGAAAACUGCCCUUCAUACACCCCAGUCAUGUCUACCCUCGAUGCGCUUGGACAGAUCAUCGCCAAUGGCAUCAAGGAUAUCCAGUCCAAGUCCGCUGAGCGCGGCAUGCUCUAUCCUACGCCGAAGACAUCGCCCAGCCCGGAAGACGAGAAGUUACAAAGUGACCUCGCAGCCGACGCUGCACCCAUGAUUGCUGCUGCAUGGCAACUCAUCGCAACGCUCAAGCAUCCCCAUACCUAUUUACUGGAGCUCGCGACCUUGACGUACCUUUCUGGCUCAAUGUCGGCUGCAGAGGCGGCAUAUGUUCCCGAUGUUCUGCAUGAGGCAGGCACGAAGGGCCUGCAUGUUAACAAGAUUGCGGCAGUCAGAAAUGUUGAUGCAAGCAAACUAGGCCGAAUCCUAAGACUCCUUGCGUCUCGGCACAUCUUCGAGGAGGUCGCACCAGAUGUCUUUAGGAACAACCGCAUCUCUUCGUCCAUGUGCACGGGCAAGCCUGUCCAAGAGAUGGUGAGAAGUCCUAUUGAUAGGUGGGACGACACCAAUGGGAUUGCCGCUUUCGUUUCAAUACAAGCAGAGACUCAGCGGGGCAAUUCCUGGCUGGCGGAACACAUCCUGGACCCUGCGACCGGGCACUCGCAGGAGUCGAACGAGGCCCCGUGGCAGCGCGCCAUGCGCACCAAACUGACCCUGUUUGACUGGAUGGAGCGUCCACAGCAUGCGCUGGAGAUGCGCAAGUUCAGCAUCAGCAUGCGUGCGAGUACGAGCUCUGAUGACAGCAUCGUCGCGACGCAAGGCUUCGAGUGGGCGUCACUUCCCUCGGGCAACCUGGUGAUCGACGUCGGCGGCGGAAUCGGCAGCUUGACCAUGACAGACGCUGCGGUUCAGGAAGGGGAGCGGCUGUGGAGGGCAAAUAUGCCCGGGUUUGUUGAGAAUGACAUCGUACGGCUGCAAGGUCAUGAUUUCUUUGCGGAACAACCCAUCACUGACGCCGACGUAUUUGUUCUCCGGUACGUCCUUCACGACUGGCCGGAUAAGUACGCGAGCAAGAUCCUGUCGCGACUCCGGGACGCGGCACAGCCAACCACCAAGCUCGUCGUGAUGGACGCCAUCAUAGACUACAUGUCCCGCGACUCUGGCGCUACGGCUGACAUCCCCGGCGCUGCAAAGCCCCAAGCCCCAGAACCGUUGUUGCCAUACGCCGACUCGGCGACGGGCUUCAUGUAUGGCGUAGAUGUGGGUGUGAUGACCAUUGCGAACUGUCAAGAGCGCACUCUCGGCAACUUCGUGGAGCUUUUCAAGGGCGCGGGCUGGAAGCUUGAGCGGGUGUGCCGCUUUGAGCCUCCCCUUCCACAGCAGCUCGUCUGCUCACCUCUCUAA